AUGAAUGAUCAAUCUUUGGCGUGCACGGGAUACAACCUCCACCAGGGAACGGGUCAUUUCCCCCAUCCCCCUAGGUGCUCGAGCUCCAACAAUGCAAAGAAAAGACCUCCAACAAUUUCAAGAAUGGAAAAGUUUGUGAUGCAUAUGAAUGGUGGGGAUGAUGCACUUAGUUACGCCAACAAUUCCGGUUUUCAAAGAUUCGUGAUAUCAAAAACAUGGCCUGUGCUAGAUAAAACCCUUAAAGAAAUGUUCGAUAAAACCGGGUUCAAACGUGGCUUCAAGAUGAUCGAUCUAGGCUGUGCAUCAGGUCCAAACACUUUACUUGUUAUCUCCCAUAUAAUAGAUACUAUUAAAACUCUUUGCACGUGUGACGAAUUGCCCGAAAUCGAGGUUUACUUGAAUGAUCUUCCUGCCAAUGAUUUCAACAAUUUGUUCAAGAUGUUGCCUAGUUUCCAUCAAGCAUGGAAAAAUUGCUUCAUCUUCGGUCUUCCAGGAUCCUUUUACGAAAGAUUACUGCCAAGCAGCAGUCUUCACUUUGCCUACUCAAACUAUUGUCUUCAAUGGUUAUCACAGAUUCCCGAAGGGGUUGAGAAGAGUAAUAAGGAAAAUUUCAUUCCUAUAAAGACGAGUCCUGUAGAGGUAUUCAAAGCAUAUGAACAACAAUUCCGAAGAGAUUUCUCGACUUUCUUAUCGAAGAGGGGAGAGGAGAUGAUUAUUGGAGGGCAUAUGGUGUUAGCAUUCAUUGGUAGAAAUUCUAUCGACUUCUCUUCUGAUGAUUCAUGUGGAAGCUUGAGGCUUCUUGCAGAGGCACUUGUCGACAUGGUCGCCGAGGAAGUCGAGGCAAUCAUCGAGCAAGAAGGGUCCUUCAAUGUCAAGGAGUUUGAGUCAUUCAAGGUUCCAUGGGACACCAACAACUAUGAGGAUGAUGAUUAUGGUAAGACAUUCGACAACUAUAGAAGCGGAGAAAUAAUAGCAAGUCAUGUUCGUGCCGGGUUCGAGCCAUUGAUUUCUAAUCACUUUAGCAAUGCAAAGAUCGAUAUGAAUAUCCUAUUUGAAAGCAAGUAUUGGAAUCGUGUAAGAGGCUGCACUAGCGAGUUCUCGAGGGAGUCGAAGAAUCGCUAG